AGCUUUUCCCCUUUGUUACAAUGGAUUUUCUAACUAGAGGUUACAAUGCCUUUCUGUCGGAUAAAGGGCAGCCUCAAUCUGCUGAUGAAACAAUCGACAAACUGGCUGACUGUGUUCAACACGCCACUUUGCUUGAGGAUCGGAGGGCUGGCGUUCUUAGCCUAAAGGGUCUAGCUCGAGAUUGGACAGAGAAAGUGGGAGAUAGGAGUUUAAACGGGCUCAUCAAAGUCUUGCACGAAGAUUACAAGGAUACUGACAUUACGAAAGCUGUUUUGGAGACCAUCAACAUUCUGUGCACCGUCUCUGAAAAGUCAAAAGCAUCGGGAUAUGCACUUCGCUUCACAGAUCAAUUCAUUCAGGACGCUAAAAAUGUUACAAUCUUAUUGGAUAUCUUGGAGGAAUUCGAUUUCUACGUUCGAUUCAACACUGUCAAGCUUCUGGUCACUUUAUUAUUUAACCGUAGCGAUCGAAUUCAAGAAUGCAUUCUGACCAGCCCUAUCGGAAUUACACGUCUCAUCGAACUGCUGGAUGAUAAGCGAGAAAUUGUGCGAAACGAGGGACUUUUGCUUAUGAUUUCAUUGACCGAAACGAAUGCCGAUAUUCAAAAGAUUGUAGCGUUUGGAAAUACUUUUGAACGGCUCCUUGCAAUCAUCGAGGAAGAGGAAGGGAUUUCAGGAGGAAUCAUCGUCCAAGACAGUCUUUCGUUGACUCACAAUCUUUUAAGAUAUAAUGUUUCCAAUCAGAACUAUUUUAGGGAAACCAGUUGUAUCCAGCAAAUCCCUGGCCUUUUAGGAUAUGUUGGAGACAGCAAUGCUGAACAUGUUCCAUACUCGUACGAGGAUUGGCCAACUCAGAAAGUCUCAAACACCAUUCUUGUUCUCCAGCUCAUUCGAAUUCUGACAGAGCCUGCUGGUAUCAACACUGCCGUCAACCAGAAGGUGAUGGCUCAAAGUGGCAUAUUACUUCCCGUUAUUCAACUAGCUCUCUGCUCUAAUGCACCUCCGCGUGUCCGAACGGAAGCUUUGUAUGCCAUUGGCUAUUUGGUGUGUGCAAAUGAGACGAAUCAGACAGCUUUCAUUAGAACCAUGGUUGCCAACCAGCCUGAUUUUACUACGCCUAACAAUGAUAUCACAACUCCUGCGAAUGUUCCUCGGCCAGCAUUAGUGUCUCUCAUAUCCAUUGCAGCGGCUAGUGAUACCCAAAGUCAUUACGCACUAUCUAGCAGGGCUGCUGCUGCUUUUGCUGCAACUUGUUGCAUUGAUGACAACCAUGAAAAUCAGUUGGUGUUGGCAGGAACGUUACAAAAGGUUCCUGAAGAUAAUGCCAAUUCCAAGUUUACAGAUAAACCUCAUUCAGCUGGAUCUCUCUUGCUUGAGGCUAUUGAAAAUGGGCACACAAACGAAAAUGAUCCAUAUUCUGCAUGGUUUGCUUGUGUUAUCUUGUCUCAUAUCUUGAGCGGAAAUGAAAAAGCGAAAGAAGUUGCCGGUAGAGUAACAUUCGGCGAGGAGGCAGAAGGUGAAGAACCAGUGCCUUUAUUACAUCAGGUGAUGGCAGCUUUGAUGCUGUCGUCCAAAGAAUCUCCUGCUGCUUCUCGAGCACCCAUUGGAUACCUUUGUCUGCUGUGUACUUGGUUGUUUGAGAGCUCAUCCUCUGUUAAACAGUUUCUUUCCGAAGGAAUUCACGUUCAAUUUUUAAUUGAAGAGAUGCAAAAAACGAACGUUGAUCCCGUAAUUCAGGGAUUGGCAGCGUUCUUACUCGGAAUCGCGUUCGAGUAUGACGACGAUAAUGACUCUGCAUUCAGCAGAGAAACCUUGAGAGACAUAUUGCUCAACCGUGUUGGAGCAGAUCAAUUCAAGAAUCGUUUAUCACGGCUUCGGGAUUCCGCUGCUUUCAUCAAUGUGUCGAAGACCAUGUAUGUUUCUGCUGAAGAGGAUGAGGCCUUCAAUUUGAACGGAAGUUUGCCAAUGCUGGUACUGGAUUACCAUUUUGUCGAGCUGUUCAAGGAGUCAUAUGAUUCCAUUCAGAGAGCCAUCACUCGUAGUCCCAAGGCUGCGAAAACCAAAAAUUUUGGAGCUAAUAACCAGUCAUCAGGGAGCAAUGAGAUACAAUCUUAUAAAGAUAUUAUCAGCAAACAAGAUAAUGAAAUCAAGAAUCUGAAAGCACAGCUAGCUCAACUGCAGGGUCAAGUCCAGGCUUUGACUACUGAAAAGCAGGCUGCCGAAGAUGAGAAGAGAGAAGUAGAGGACAAAUAUCUUAGAGAGCAAGCGAGAUUUGCCACUCUAGAGAAGGAACAAGAAGACUUGUUAGUUUGUAUGGGUGAACAAGAUAUGGACAUCAAAAAGUAUAAAGAUAGACUCAGGUCACUAGGACAAGAUGUAACAGACAACGAGGAGGAAGAAGAGGAAGAAGAGGAGUAAUGAAAGUAGUCAAGCAUUUUACCUUGGUUAUGUUAUUAAAAUUUUAAGCUUGAUGUCUGCGUGAAUAUAAUAUGGAGUGACUUGAAGCCGAAGGGCUGAACCUUGAUAAUGAA